AGGUUCCCAGGUGUGUGCCGGGUGGGUCUGUACUUUUGAGCUUUGCACCCCGUUGCAGUGCAUCAACAACUGUGCGCUAGUUCACAGUCGUGAUUUCGUGUAUGGUUCUUUUUGUUUUUUUUUUUUUUUUGAGAGUCAAUUUCUGAAGGCGUUGCUAGGCCUGCCUGCUCUCAUCUGGCUGACACCGAGGCCACCCCGUACUCUCAGCAGCCCGGGCCCGGGCUCUGGCCACCAUGGGGCAGCCUCCAGGCCGAGCCAUCCUGCCGUGCACACUGCUGCUCCUGCCAGCCUUUCUGAGCUCAGGUUGGGGGGAGUUGGCACCACAAAUUGAUGGUUACACCUGGGCCGAGAGGGCACUUCGGGAGAAUGAGCGUCAUGCCUUCACCUGUCGGGUGACAGGGGGCCCUGGCUCCCCCCGAUUGGCCUGGUACCUGGAUGGACAGCUACAGGAGGCCAGCACCUCAAAACUGCUGAGUGUAGGGGGGGAGGCCUUCUCUGGAGGCACCAGCACCUUUACUGUCACUGCUCAGCGGGCCCAGCAUGAGCUCAACUGCUCCCUUCAGGACCCUGGCAGUGGCCGGUCAGCCAACGCCUCUGUCAUCCUCAAUGUGCAAUUUAAACCAGAAAUCGCCCAGGUCAGGGCUAAGUACCACGAAGGUGAGGGCCCAGGCCUCCUGGUUGUCCUGUUUGCCCUGGUGCGUGCCAACCCACCUGCCCACGUCACCUGGAUUGACCAGGAUGGGCCAGUGACUGUCAACACCUCUGACUUUCUGGUGCUGGAUGCUCAGAACUAUCCCUGGCUCACCAACCACACUGUGCAGCUGCAGCUCCGCAGCCUGGCACACAACCUCUCCGUGGUGGCCACCAAUGAUGUCGGGAUCACCAGUGCUUCGCUUCCAGGCCCAGGGCUCCUGGCCACCCGGGUGGAAGUGCCACUGCUGGGCAUCGUUAUGGCUGGAGGGCUUGCUCUGGGCACCCUAGUGGGGUUCAGCACCUUGGUGGCCUGCCUGGUCUGCAGGAAAGAGAAGAUCAAAGGCCCCUCCCGACGCCCAUCUCUGAUCUCUAGUGGUUCUAACAACCUGAAACUCAGCAAUGUGCGUCUGCCACGGGAGAAUAUGUCCCUCCCUUCCAACCUUCAGCUCAACGACCUGGCUCCAGAUUCCAGAGAGAAAGUAGCAGACCGGCCAAUGGCUCGGAACAGCAGCCGGCCAGAACUUCUAGAACCUGAGUCUGGUGGCCUCCUCACCAGCCGAGGUUUCAUCCGCCUCCCAAUGCUGGGCUACAUCUAUCGAGUGUCCAGCGUGAGCAGUGAUGAGAUCUGGCUCUGAGCAAGGUGCAACAGGAGCACCCUUUGGCCCUGGACACCCCAAGCACCCCGCCAAUUCCUCUAGUGCAUCCUCUGCCUGGGCAUGAGGCCGUGCAGCUGCUACUGGCUGGUCCUCCUGCCUGGGGUAACCUGGGGUCAAGCACAUGAUCUGUUUCGCUAGGAUCUACCUUAGCAGGGCUGCCAGCCAGAACUAAGCCCCUUGUGCUAACUCGCAAGGGUUGGGGCCUGCGCAUGAUGACUGGGCCCAGCAGAUAGAACUCCCUGACCAGGUGUGUCCAGCUGUCAUCCAGCACCAAGUGUGGCAUGGCCUGCUACAUGCCCCACACCCAUACUCGAUAGCACUUAUAGAGUAGGCAUGGGGAAGGCUGCUUAUAACAGGAGGGCCUGCAUGUCUUUAAUGUCCUUAUGCUAUGCAGCGUUGUCGCCCCAGGGAGGAUGCGGUACCCUGCUAGCUGUACAGAACUAAACUGCCCUUUGCCCAAGAACCAACCUGUGGCCCGGGCCCCCCACCAAGCACAAACUGGUCCCUUUUGCUGCAUAGCUCUCCACCCCUCACCCUGUGCCUCUUGCCCUGCAUCUUAAAUAUUAUAGAUUAUACACUGGCUCUUCUCUGUUUCUUCACCUGGCACAAGUGCCUGGUGUUAGCACAAGUCUGGGAGGAAGAGAGGUGCCCAGGACUGCAUGCAGCUAUGCAUCAUUUUUUACUGUUAGCACUUGAAGCACAUCCCCUAGGGGAGCGGGUAAGAGAGGGCCCAGAACCCUCUGGGAUCCCCAAGUUUGGCCUUCCUCCGAUUCACUGUGAGUGUCCUGAGCCCUCAGGUAGACAGUUUCCUCUCAGCAAGUCUCCCUGACUGCAGCCCUGGCCAGCCCUGGCUUGCACACCCACUGGAAGCCACCUGUCCUACCCCACCCUGUUUUUUAGGUGGGGCUAAAGAGGAUACAUAAUUCAACAGUUCCAGAAACUUAGGGAGACAUAGAGGGAGACCACAUAUCCCAAAAUGACCUAAAAAGUGCUUUUAAAAAGCAGCAUGGAAAUGAUUGGAAAUUAGCAGAGAGAAGAGGAUAUUUUUCCCUUGUUAUUUUGUCAUUUUUCCCAUAUUACUGCCUAGGAACAGUGCUAAGCACACAGUAAGAUCAAUAAACUUGAAUGAAUGAAUAUA